UUUAGCACUUAAAUUCACCCGCGGUAGCGUUGGCAUGUGUCAGUCAGGUGGCACUUGAUAAAGCUUUGUCGGUGCCAAGCGCCAUUCUUUUGCGGUUUACCCUGCUUGUGGGGACAUGCAGGGCACCCUGUGUGAUCUGAGGCGAAAAGUUUACGAUAAUCCAGGAUGGGAGGAGCCCUUCAGGGAACAGAAUGAGAAAGCACCUGGGUGUGUAAAAUGAUCACGGGGAAGUCCCUAUCAUACUGCUGUUUCCUACACAGACUGACAGUCUGAAGAUUGCAAGAGAGAACACCGGGGGAGUGUGAGGUUAAGGGGAAGUCUGGGGAAGAGGAGGGGGAAGAAGGGUCAACAACCUAUAGACAAGACUUAAAGGGCAUUAGCCAAAAACAAACAGGGUGUCCCUGGGUUAGUGCAGUUAGGGAGGACAUACCCUAGAGGGAACCGACUGUAUGGAAAAGACUAGACGGGGGAGAGGUUAGAAGGUUUAAGGUGUUCCUGAUGCUGCCAGUGCAUUGAGGAAGGAUGGGGAGAAGAAGAGAAGGACCACCCAAAGAGGAGGAGAUGGACAAUCAAGGGGGCAGAAGAGCAAAGUGACAGGAAAGGGAAUACAACGGGCAAACUGGAUGGACAAAAUGGAAGGGCAAGGUGGAAAUUGCCCCAAAUAAAUAAUAAAAGGGGAGGGAGAAGAGAGAUAAGAGAAGGUGGAGAAGAGGGGAGGGGAAGACUAGAGAAGAAAGUGAUACAUUGUGUCAUACACAAGUACCCCGGGGAUAAGUGAGUGCCAGCUCUUCAUGGAGUGACAUCCCAUGGACAACCACCCAAGCCAUUCUGCAGAAGGCAUGGACACCUCAACGUCCCCUCUGGACCUCAGCAUCAGGAGGGGCGCAGACAUGUUGGAUGCCCUUCCGAAGAGUCCUCAAGGUUUUUGGGCGAGAUCACUGAGGGCAUUGGAGCCACUAAAGGAGAUGAAACUAGAGAAUACGAAGCAACCAAGCGCUCUCAAGAACGGGUCGUGCCAGGACCCCCGACUGUAUAAAGACCAAACCUGUUUGCCCCUGAGAAAGAGAAAAUUUCCUCUACUACCCAAAGAGGAGGCUACGGCUGCGAAACGUGCCAAUGACUACUCGGAGUGGAAAUUCUGCAGCCCCCCAUACAUGGCGGUGACGUUACCCCCAUUGUCACCGUACUACUCAGGGAAUACCGCAUGCCUCCCACACACAUUGUACCCGACUCCCAGCCCUGUAGUUUUGGAAUCAUCCCACCUGAGACUCAUGGCGCCAUAUCAUGCUACCCUUGUUCCUACUGAAACAGACCUCCAUGCUGACCUCAUUGCUGCUACCCAAACAGAUGAAGAUGGAGACACGGCAUUGCACAUUGCUGUUGCACAUGGAAAUCUAUCAAUAGCCCAGCGAGUUCUCUCUAUACUAAACCAUGGUAGAAGAGAUAUAGAUGUCCUCAACAACCUUAGACAGACACCUCUUCACCUUGCAGUUAUAACUGAUCAACCAGAAUUUGUAGCUCUUCUCCUGCAGCACAGAGCCUCCCCUCUAAUCCUGGACCGCAAUGGACAGACGUGCGUUCACCUGGCGUGUGAAUAUGGGAGCAUGGGGAGUCUGGAGGUGUUGAUGAGGGCCGGCAUCAGAGACCUGGAGGCCACUAACUACCAUGGUAUGACCGCAUUACAUGUGGCCGUCAGGUCAGGACGUCGGGAUAUCACUGCAUGUUUAUUGGAGCAUGGAGCUGACGUGAAUGCUGUGUCUCUACUACAGGAUUUGAAGAGUGGACAGAGCCCCUUAAUCCAGGCUGUGGAGAAUGGUUCUGAGGAGCUGGUGUCACUUUUGCUUCAGAAAGGAGCGGAAGUCAAUGGACUGACCUAUGCAGGCAAUACGGCUUUGCAUGUGGCGAGUGGACGAGGGCUUACCGAGAUAGCACGGAUACUACUGAGGAGUGGAGCAGAUAGUAGCAUAAAGAAUUGUCACAAUGACACGGCCAUGACAGUAGCAAAAGACAGAAAGAUUGUAGAUAUCCUGCGGGGCAAGUCAUCUUCUCCACGUAGUCAAAAUGAAAGACUAAGAGGAUCUUUUAAAGGACGGUCAUGUAGUCCGACCUCCCCAGGAGUAACAUCCGGUAAUAUAUCUGUAAGUCCUCCUCCAUAAAGGGAGUUGGAUCCAUUAUACUCCCUACCUCAAAACAUUCAUCAUGGCCUCCAAAUACGUCUUCCAUUCUGAGAAAUCACCAUCACUGCCCAUUGGGAUCUGUAUCGUCCCUGGAAUGACUAUGUAGAAAGCAACUCAACUACUUACUCCAAAACCCCAGACUGUGAACUCACCAUCCCUCCUAUCCUUGGAUCUGGAAUGCUGGACUCAACCAAUAGAUCCACAAACCGGGUCAAGUGGCACCUCUUCCACCUCCAAUGACCUGCAAAGACCAGAAUAGACUUACAAGGCCCAGAGACCUUUGAAACUCGUAGAAGCAGGUAGAAGGACAGGUGCUAAAGGGAUACUGAAACAUGAUGUCAUGAUACUGUAUUUUGGAGGCGACAUUGGUUGGUGUCCAUACUUGCCUACUUGCCUGGUCCCACAGCAAUGGUAUACUCUGCUUCUGUGGUACAUACGGGGCCGGCUCUGCCAAUAGGCAAAAUAGGCAGCCACCUAGAGCGCCCUCUUGAUGGGGGGCGCCACUCUGCCUGCCACAAGAAAGUUAGACAACCAGCAUCUGAACCCCUCGCUCAGCCGGCAGCAUGAGGAGGAGGUUUGUUACAGUGUGUCAUCCCAGUAGUAAGGUGGGGCGGGCCAAUGGGCGGAGUCAAUGGGGUGGCAAAAUUAGCUUUUGCCUAGGGUGGCAAAAAUCCUUGCACCAACACUGGGUACAUAGGCUAUUAGAGUCAAUCAGUGCCAACUUUCCAGAAGAACAAACAAAUUGAGGACUACGAAAAGGUCACUUUGAGGGCCUGACCAAUGAGAAGACUCAUCAACUGGCUCCAGAAAGUUAAACAGA